CACAUUGCCAAAGGUUAAUGUAAUUGAAAUAACAUUAAUUGCUUUUGUUGCAAAACACUUGUUAAAUUUAAUUUACAAGUAUCUUGAAAAUUCGUUAAUUACAACAACUAAUUAUGAUAAUCAUAAUUCAACAGUAAUCAAAGACAACCAUAGGAUUUAUUUUUGUCAAACUUUUCAUUCGAGAUUUUUUCCUGUUUAUCAUUCGUUUAGAUAUCCUGUGGUUUUUGCCGGUGUUGAUUUGAAUUUACUUGAAAAAGAAAGAAAAAAUUUUUUGCUUGGUUAUAAUAAUAAGUAUUUAUCAAUCUUUAAUAUUAAAGAUGAUGAUCAUCUUGGACAAAUUAUUGAAGAAUUACCAAAUACAAAUAGUAUAAAUGGUACAAAUGGACAAAGAAAAAUAAUAUCUAUAAAAGAAAAGGCUUUAUGGCAUAUAAGAAAUCAUAACAUCCCAACAGAUGAUAUAAAUCAUAUAGAAUUAAUUACGAUGCCAAGAUUCUUAGGUUAUGCGUUUAAUCCUAUCAGCAUUUUUUAUUGUUAUGAUAAAAAUAAUAAUUUAAAAGUAAUCAUUUUAGAAGUCAGUAAUACAUUUGGCGAAAAACAUUUAUAUGUUUUAAAAAGGGAUCAAAUAAAAGACCAUGAAGCUAAAAGAUUGGGAUAUGAAAUGGGAUUUAUAGUAAAACGUUCAUUUCAUGUGUCUCCAUAUAACGAUCGUAAAGGGAUUUAUAAAGCAUUUUGUAAAGAUCCCCGAUUAUCUGCUAAUCAAGAAAAUAAUAGUCAAGAUAAUGUCCAAGGCAAUAACAAUGCUAAUAAUGUUAAAGAUGUUUCAGAGAAAUUAAAGAAAUUGCAAUUUCAUAAAAAAUUUAUCGCAGUCUUGACAGGCCAAUCAUAUAACUUGACAAAAAAUAGUUUAUUAUAUGCUAUAAUUACAUAUCCUUUUGAAAUAUUCUUGACAGUACCACGCAUUCUUAAAGAAGCCUAUAAAUUACAUUUUAAAAAACAAUUGGGAAUAUUUCAUCGACCUAUACCAUUUGAAGAAACUAUUGUAAAACUAGAACCAAAAUUGAUUGAUUCGUAUGCAAAGGAUUUAGUCGUCAAGUAUUUGAAUAAUCUUAUUUCCAAAUUCCCAGAACCAAUCAAAAUUACCAUUCAUCUACCUUCUACAAAUACCCAACAUCCAAUCAAACUUUACCCUCCAAAUAACAAUGAUUCUGCUGCUAUUCAUAAAGAAAUUAUCUUAAAACUACACGAUUAUUCAUUUUUCACAGAUAUUUUAAUCAAUCAAAAUUUAUUCCGUGCAUUAAUAAUUGGAUAUUUUAAGAAGUCUUGGGAUUGCAAUGAUUUAUCAUUACUGUUCCAAUUAUUCUUUAAUUUUUCGAACAAUAAAUUCAACUGCGUCAACACAACAAUUAAUGAUAGUAAAUAUCAAAAUUGGGUAAAUUUAGUAAGAGACUGGUAUUGGAAACGUAUUUUUACCAGUGAUUGGUAUGGUGGUCAUGAAGCAAAAAAAGAAUUUAAUCGAAUUUUAUUAAAUGGUCUUAAUAACAAUAAUUCUUACUCAUCAUCAUUACCGCCACCUUCUUCUCCAAUUAGAACAACAUCACUGGAUUAUAAUAUACCUUUAUUAAAUAAUAUUUUUUUUUAUGAUACGAUUGGAUCAGCAAAUACAAAAACUACAAAUAUUAUCAAGAAACAAAUUCACUUAUUUCCAUUUCCAUCUCCAAAAUAUCAUCAUCACCAUUCAUCGAUAAUAAAAAAUUCUAUUGAUAAAAUGAUUUUAUCAGAUUCAAAGAAUAAUACUCUUAAAUUAAAAUAUUGUUUAAUGAUCGGUUAUAUGAUAAUAACAUCUCAAUUAAAUACAUUUUUUUGGCAAUUGAUUACAAGCUUUGUUGACGGUCCAAACGGAAAUCCUUUUUUGAUUGAAAAAUGGAUAUGGGAAGGUAUUGUGGAUUUGUUGAAGAGAAGUGAUAAUGAUAUGGAUGAUAAAAAUAUUAAUUUGUUAAAUGAGUGGAAAGUAGUUUAUGAAAAACAAG